GCGGCGGGGUAGGAGAGCGCGGGGAGGCGGGGGAAGGCGGCGGGGGCCUGCGCUCGUUCUCUGUCUAGCUGUGACCGGCUGAGGCGGCGCGGCGGCACAGGGACGGCGGCCUCGCGCGGCUACUGCAGCACUAGGGUGUCAGUUGGUCCCGCCCAGAACACUUCAGUUCUGCUCUGCAAGGAUAUAUAAUACCUGAUUGGUGUGUCCAUUUAAUUCAAGAAAAUGGAAACUGAACAGCCAGAGGAAACCUUCCCCAACACUGAAACCAAUGGUGAAUUUGGUAAACGCCCUGCAGAAGAUAUGGAAGAGGAGCAAGCUUUUAAAAGAUCUAGAAACACUGAUGAGAUGGUUGAACUACGCAUUCUGCUUCAGAGCAAGAAUGCUGGGGCAGUGAUUGGAAAAGGAGGCAAGAAUAUUAAGGCUCUCCGUACAGACUACAAUGCCAGUGUUUCAGUCCCAGACAGCAGUGGCCCCGAGCGCAUAUUGAGUAUCAGUGCUGAUAUUGAAACAAUUGGAGAAAUUCUGAAGAAAAUCAUCCCUACCUUGGAAGAGGGCCUGCAGUUGCCAUCACCCACUGCAACCAGCCAGCUCCCGCUCGAAUCUGAUGCUGUGGAAUGCUUAAAUUACCAACACUAUAAAGGAAGCGACUUUGACUGCGAGUUGAGACUGUUGAUUCAUCAGAGUCUGGCAGGAGGCAUUAUUGGGGUCAAAGGUGCUAAAAUCAAAGAACUUCGAGAGAACACACAGACAACAAUCAAGCUUUUCCAGGAAUGCUGUCCUCAUUCCACUGACAGAGUCGUUCUUAUUGGAGGAAAACCUGAUAGGGUUGUAGAGUGCAUCAAGAUCAUCCUUGAUCUUAUUUCGGAGUCUCCCAUCAAAGGACGUGCACAGCCUUACGAUCCCAAUUUUUACGAUGAAACCUACGAUUAUGGUGGUUUUACAAUGAUGUUUGAUGACCGCCGUGGACGUCCUGUGGGAUUUCCCAUGCGGGGGAGAGGCGGUUUUGAUAGAAUGCCUCCUGGUCGGGGUGGGCGUCCUAUGCCUCCAUCUAGAAGAGAUUAUGACGACAUGAGCCCUCGUCGAGGACCUCCUCCACCGCCUCCUGGACGAGGUGGCCGGGGUGGUAGCAGAGCUCGGAAUCUUCCUCUUCCUCCUCCACCACCACCUAGAGGAGGAGAUCUAAUGGCCUAUGACAGAAGAGGAAGACCUGGAGACCGCUAUGACGGCAUGGUUGGUUUCAGUGCUGAUGAAACUUGGGACUCUGCGAUAGAUACAUGGAGCCCAUCAGAAUGGCAAAUGGCAUAUGAACCACAGGGUGGCUCCGGAUAUGAUUAUUCCUAUGCAGGGGGUCGUGGCUCAUAUGGUGAUCUUGGUGGACCUAUUAUUACUACACAAGUAACUAUUCCCAAAGAUUUGGCUGGAUCUAUUAUUGGCAAAGGUGGUCAGCGGAUUAAACAAAUCCGUCAUGAGUCAGGAGCUUCGAUCAAAAUUGAUGAACCUUUAGAAGGGUCCGAAGAUCGGAUCAUUACCAUUACAGGAACACAGGACCAGAUACAGAAUGCACAGUAUUUGCUGCAGAACAGUGUGAAGCAGUAUGCAGAUGUUGAAGGAUUCUAAUGCAAGAUAUUUUUUCUUUUUUAUAGUGUGAAGCAGUAUUCUGGAAAGUUUUUCUAAGACUAGUGAAGAACUGAAGGAGUCCUGCAUCUUUUUUUUUUUAUCUGCUUCUGUUUAAAAAGCCAACAUUCCUCUGCUUCAUAGGUGUUCUGCAUUUGAGGUGUAGUGAAAUCUUUGCUGUUCACCAGAUGUAAUGUUUUAGUUCCUUACAAACAGGGUGGGGGGGGGAAGGGCGUGCAAAAACUAACAUUGAAAUUUUGAAACAGCAGCAGAGUGAGUGAAUUUUAAUUUUUGUUCAUUGUUGGUGGUUUAAAGGAAAAAUAUUCCCCCCAUGUAAUUAUUGUGAACACUUUGCUUUGUGGUCACUGUAACAUUUUGGGGGGUGGGACAGGGAGGAAAAGUAACAAUAAUAGUCCAUAUGUCCCUGGCAUCUAUUCAGAGCAGUGUGCAGAAUGUAAUGCUCUUUUGUAAGAAACGUUUUAUGAUUUUUAAAAUAAAUUUAGUGAACCUA